AUGGGAGAUAUUAUUAUUAUAUUAUUAUUAUUAUUCAAUCUAUUACUCUAUCAAGUAUUAUUAGUCGAGAUCGAUGAAAUUUACUUGGAAUUGCUAGAUAUGGAUAACUACAAAGCUCGUGAAGUAACAAUCGAUGACGUUAAACGUGUUUAUGCAGUAUUUCUUGAUGAAGCUCGUUUAAGUGAUAAUCUUCGCGAAUACAAACAGCAUUUUAUGUUCAAUGAUCUUAGUAAUGAUCAACAACAAACACAAUCAAAGAUGGAAACAUGA